UUGGAAGUGCCUCCGCAAAUAUUUAGUGGUUGUAGGCAUACAAAUUGUUUGUUGGCAAUGAUUACACGCGCAUAAGCUCUGCUGCAUAGUGCUUGCAAAGCUAAGUAGUUGAAUGCUCAGUAAGUCGGGAGAGUAGCAUUGGUAGCCAGACAUCCAGGCGGUUAGUCUGGCAAACGCAAAAACAAUCAGGAAAUACUAAAACGCACAGCCAUUUAUGCUCAUAUGUAUGUAUAUACGAAUAUGAAAAGCGUGUGUGCGUGUUGAACUUCCAAUGAGCAAAGAGGAAGAAGAAAAUUCGAAAAGAAAUUAUCAUUGCGACGACACGAAAUCGAUAAUUACUAUGUCCUCAUUUGAUUUGAAAAAAGUCGGCUGUUAGUAAAAGAAGUAAAGUAAAAAUUCAACAAUAUUCGAACACCUGCGUCAGCAAGGCACUGGCUAACAAAAUUAUCAAAAAAAAAAUUCUAAACUUACUUUGAAGUGGUUGCACUGAGUGCAAUUGCAAACACAAACACACUCGAAAAUGCAGCCCCCGCCACGUAAGGGAAACUAUGUGAAAUUCUUGAAGAAUUUACACACAGAGCAAGUGGCCAAGUUGCAAUUAAAGAAUCAACAUGAAUGCGAUCUGCUCGAGGACAUACGACAAUUCACCAUUAAGCGAUCCGCCAUAGAAAAAUCAUACAGUGAAUCGCUGCUGAAGAUUUCAUCGCAAUACUUGAAUAAGAAGAUACCAAAUAUACCGGAUAUAAAAAUGGAGGGCAUGGAAGAGCGAUGGAACAUGUGGAGCGUUUGGCGUACAGUACUCGAAGAGAACGAAAAGCUCGCACGCGCUCGCCUCGCUGCCAUCGAGGUGUUCCAACAGCAAAUAGCCGAUGAGGCCAAGGUGUUACGUGACUACAAAUUGGCCAUUUCCAAGAGGGCGCUCUCACAAAUAGUCAACGUACAAAAGGAGCUACAUCUCAGUGUAUCCGAUGUGGAUAAGACGAAGAAACAAUAUUUCGAUGAGGAGCAUUGUGCACAUGAUGUGCGCGAUAAGGCACGUGACAUUGAAGAAAAGCUUAAGAAGAAGAAGGGUUCGUUCUUCCAAUCAAUUACAUCACUGCAAAAGAAUAGCGCACGCGUCACGUCACGCAAAGAGCUGCUGGAGGAGAAAUCGACUGGCGCACGCAAUGACUACAUACUCAGCUUGGCUGCAGCGAAUGCACACCAGAAUCGUUACUUCACAGUCGAUCUACAAACAACGAUGACCACCAUGGAGAAUUAUGUGUUUGAACGUGUGGCCGAGUACCUGACACUGAUGGGCCGCACCGAAUUGCUCACCUGUUCUGCCACACAGAACUCAUUCGGCAAGAUACGCGAUCAGGCGCAACAAUUGACGCGCGAAUACAAUUUGCAGUGCUGCUACCUUUUCUAUCCAGUGCUGAAGCAACACAUCCAGUACGAUUUCGAACCGUGCGAUAAUGAUCCAGUACGAAAGAUUACCACCGAACAUGAGUCGGCAUCAGAAACGCUUACGAAAGAGGCUAAGAAUUUGGCGGGACGUGUGGUGAAGGAGAACUUGGCAAUACGUGAAGCGGCUAAGAAGUUGGCUAUUUGUGUAUCACUGCGUGACUCAGGACAACGCAGCGAUCCAAAUGAUCCGAAUGGACCAGAUUUGGAUACAAAGAUUGAGGAGUUUAGGGAUUUGAUAAGACGCUCCGAGACGGAGAAGGCCAAGGCCGAGGCAUGCUUGCAAAGUUUGCGUGAAGGUGGCAUCAAUGUGGACGAGUGGGUGCAAGAGGCCGAGAUUAUGGGCGUACAGGAAUUGGCAAGAUCGGCUAGCUCGAUCUCUAUGCGCACCGAUGCGUCGGGACAAGGGGAAAAUCCCAGCUCGGACUCAUUCUAUGACAGCGACAAGGAGGACGCUACUGCCACGCAGGCUGGUGCGGCCGCCAAAUCAAAGGUGGAGAAGGAAUUGUCGCGCGAUAAGACAUUUAGUGACAGCGAAGAAGAGGCGGACGAGCGUGUACCCGAGCCGAUUGCUGCCGUACCAAUGAUGGCUGCCACUGGCGGCUGGGAUGACCCAACAGAAGUCAACUGGGGCGGCGAAGAGGAGGAGAAGGAGGAAUCCAUUGUUCCUGAACCGAAGGAGGCUAUCUUCAAGUGUACAGCUCUGUACAGUUACACUGCUCAAAAUCCAGACGAACUGACCAUUGUCGAGAACGAACAACUGGAGGUGAUUGGCGAGGGCGACGGUGACGGUUGGCUACGCGCACGCAACUAUCGUGGCGAGGAAGGCUAUGUGCCGCACAAUUAUCUGGACAUCGAACAGGAUACUGCCGUUAACGGUAGCUCAGGCAAUCAAUUGCGCUCACAAAUCUCAUUCUCAUCUGUCGAUUAUACUGUUGACAAUGAAGAUCAAACGGUGGAUUCCAUGCAAUCACCCGAUCAGGUGUCCGUCAUUAUGGCGCCACAAAAGAAGAAGGCACCCGACGUACUCUAUUGCAUAGCGCUGUACGAUUACGAUGCCACCGCCGAAGAUGAACUCACCUUCGAGGAGGGUCAAAUUAUAAAGAUUGUAACAAAGACGGCGCAUGGCGUUGACGAUGGCUGGUGGGAGGGUGAAUUGGAUGGUAAAUUUGGUAAUUUUCCAUCCUUGGUGGUGGAAGAGUGCGACGAGAAUGGUGAACCGCUGACGGAAGGUGGCGAUGAGUCACCACCACCGACCGCACCACCUAGCUUUGCGCUUCCACCGGCACCCGCACUACCGCCAGAGUAUGCACACGAAUUGACCGAGGAUAUGUUUGAAUCACAGGAAACGGCAGACGACGAUAGCGGCUACAUACCGAACGGUGGCGCACCCAGCAUGCCUCCACCAG